AUGCCUCAAAAUAACGUAAGCUUACACAUCGAUUAAGGUGGUUGUUUUAGGUAAUAAAGCAGUUGGAGGAGCGACAAUCCAAAGGACGAGACAUUGUACUGCCAAAUGUGAUACCAUGGGAGUACGGGUCGAACAAGUACGCUUCUCAGAAAGGCAAUGGAGGGUUUGGUACUAUUAGAAAGAAUGGUAAGGGUUUGUAAAUUAUAUUGUGUUACCUAAAAAAUCUCGAUUAUUAGGUUGUUCACAUCAUUCUGUGGUCAUAUUUUACUGAAGAUCAGUUCUAAAAGAUACUUUUUAUAUAUAAAAUUGGCUCUCAAUGGCCUUAACAUGUUUUUUUGCUUUUUAAAAUUGACCAGUAACAAGAUUAUUAUUUUCAGUGCCAGAAAUAGUAUGUACACGAGAGCUAACUAACAGUCAUAAUGGUAACGUGCCGUUCCAUUUGUGUCCACCGUUAAAGAAGACUUAUGCAAGUCAAGCUGGACAAGCACGGUUUGGAGCGUUCAGAGAACAAGUACUAUGGGUGAAAGAACAUGUACGUAUCUAUUUUACCUUGCUUUCUUACAAAAAUAUUUAAAAUUUUAUUGUAAAAAACGACAAUUUACAAAUUUUUUAAAGACAUUUGGUUUUUUGCAUAAGAAGCCUAUUUUUAAUAAAGAUAAAGUCGUAUUUUAAUAAUUUGACGUAACAUUUGACUUGUAUGAAUUUCUAAUUCAGAACGAUGAAGAAAAGAAAGUGCCUCGAGACAUUUUGUAUGAUUGGAAAGCGACAGAACGGUCGAUGCCAUUGCUUGCUAAAUCUAAUCCGAAUGCCAAAAAUGAUUCUAUAGGAAAGUUGAGGGAGAAUAUCAGCAGGCCGGUUGGAGGGUUACAAAUGGGGUACAAGGACAUGGUCAAAUGUCUGGCAGCAGUACCACGGUUUCAGUGUAUGGAUAAUGUUCAAGCUGUGAAGGAUGCCAAGGAGAACAACGGGGAAGUAAGAUUUUUUGAGUUUGUACUAUAGUUUAUAUAGAUUUUUGUUUUACUAUGAGUUUGACUGAUAGGUUUAUGGUUUUUAUUACUUUAGGUAAUCUUUUUUAAACAAGCUUUAUACUUUUAUUGAAAUUAUUUUGAAAUUAAUGUAUUGUUUUAGAAAAUGGCUGGAGGACUUCAUCACAACCGUCAAAUUGUGACAGAGAUUGUAGGUUUAAACCGGACAGAACAAGAUCAGUUAAACUCUAAUCGCUACAUGGCUUGGCUCGGAGGACAGGUAACCUUAACAUUUUUUAUAGUAUAAAACCCCUCUUUUUUAUUAUACCUUCUGUCUCAUACCUAAACAAUGACUUUUGUUUCAUACCUAAGCUAUAACUUAUUCAUACCUGAUCUCUGCGUAAUUAUUUGUAUUUUGUUGUCCGUAACCCGAACUACAAUGCAAUACCUACUCGAUCUGUUUGAGUUGACUCAUUUGCGCUCCCAACUUGUUUGGCUAAAAACUUAAAAUUAUUUCCAGCUAACCCUACAAUCACAAGCUCGUACCGGCGGCUUCAACAAGGUCAGAGAUGUCACCAACCAAACCUACUACGACAAACUCCUGCCCGACGAAGGCCUAUCACAACAAGAACUGGAGGAGCGACGAAUCAGUGAACGUCAGCGGCGCAAACUUGAAUUGGGAUUGGCUCAAGAUGAAGAUGAUGACGUCGAGGAAUCCGUAGCGGAAACUGUGUUCCUAAAAAAUGAUUCUCGGGUUGUUGACGAUGGGGAUACCAACAGCGACGACGAUGACGUCGAGGAUGAGGAGGAUCAAGUGGGAGACGAAGACUGA